AUGAACUACGUACUCGACAACCCCGAAGGUCCUCACCCAGAGUUCGACUCGUCGGAAUCCCUACGGGGAUACCGGGUAGUCAAGUGCGCGAGCCAGUUCUCCCUGGAUUUCCUUGCUGGAUGCGUCGCUAAGAUCAGCGACAGUUUUGUCGGCUUGAAUCUCAAGCUGAUCCCAGCUAAGGACAUUCCAAGGAGACCCCGUGCGCGCAUUUGGCUGCUUCCGAUGGAUGAACCAGGCGAAAAGUUGCUGCGGUGUCUUAAGCUGCAUAAUAAAGACAUACUGGCGAUCGAGGAAUGGGUGCUUAUAAAGGUUGAAGAGCCAAGAAGGCCUACAAAUAAGCCCAUUCUGCUAGCUAUUUGCGCAGAAUCCCUAGACGCCUUAGAGAAGGCUGACUGUCGGCUCUGCUUCGGUAUCCGUAAGGCUAGAGUGCGGGUAUUCCUCGUAGAGGUUAGCCCGGUAGAAGAAGAUCCCGGGGUUGAUGGAGCUGGUGAGCUUCUCAUGGGUGUGAAGCUGACAGAUGACCCUGAACCGGAAACUUAA